AUGCCCGCGCGGGAACCUCUCGCCACCCCGCGCGCGCUCUUCUCGCCUUCCGCGCGGUAUCCCAUCGCAUCCCAGCGCGCGCUCCUCUUACCGCCCCGCUCGGCCUCCUCUCACCAUCCCGCACGUGCUCCUCUCGCCUCCCCUCGCGUGCUCCUCUCGCCUUCAAUGCUCGCGAAUCUCUUGCCUCCCCGCGCGGCCGCCUCUCGCCUCCCCGCGCAGCCUCCUCCCGCCAUCCCUCGCGCGCCCCUCUCGCCUCCCCGCGCGUGCUCCUCUCUUCUCACCUACUCGUUCUCCUCUCGCCUCCCCUCGCGCGCCCCUCAAGCCUCCCCGCGCGUGCUCCUCUCUCCUCACCUACUCGUUCUCCUCUCGCCUCCCCUCGCGCGCCCCUCAAGCCCCCCCGCGCGUGCUCCUCUCUCCUCACCUACUCGUUCUCCUCUCGCCUCCCCUCGCGCGCCCCUCAAGCCUCCCCGCGCGUGCUCCUCUCUCCUCACCUACUCGUUCUCCUCUCUCUUCACCUUGCAUGCCUCCCACGCCUCCCCGCGUGCUCCUCACUCCUCACCCUGCGUGCUCCUCUCGCCUCCCCGCGCGUGCCCCUCUCUCCUCACCUCCAAUGCUCUUCGAUCGCCAACCUUGCGCGUGCCCCUCUCUCCUCACCCUGCGUGGGCUCCCCUCUCCUCACCUUGCGUGCUCCCCUCUCCUCACCUUGCGUGCUCCCUCUCCUCACCUUGCGUGCUCCCCUCUCCUCACCUUGCGUGCUCCCCUCUCCUCACCUUGCGUGCUCCCCUCUCCUCACCUUGCGUGCUCCCCUCUCCUCACCUUGCGUGCUCCCCUCUCCUCACCUUGCGUGCUCCCCUCUCCUCACCUUGCGUGCUCCCUCUCCUCACCUUGCGUGCUCCCCUCUCCUCACCUUGCGUGCUCCCCUCUCCUCACCUUGCGUGCUCCCCUCUCCACACCUUGGAUGCUCCCCUCUCCUCACCUUGCGUGCUCCCUCUCCUCACCUUGCGUGCUCCCCUCUCCUCACCUUGCGUGCUCCCCUCUCCUCACCUGGCGCCCUGCUGA